CUCAACAGUACUAUACCGAUUCAGUUGCCAAGCAAGUCGAUCCAGAUUAAAAUGGGCAAGAAAAGGGGAAUUGAUUCUAAAAAGGAAUUGGGUUUAGCACCAGCAGCAACUACCAUUUCAGCUGUUGAGCCAAAGAAAUCCGAAUCUAAACUACAUACAUUUUCUGGAUUCACAGUGCUGCCUAUUACUGUUGCACCACCUACUGUACUGUCUGAACUUGAUACGCAAUCACUUAGGUUGCAUUUCAGUCCAGAGAUUGUUAAAUCUCUUCAGCCUGAACGUCCCGAUGUAAACCAUUAUUUGUUUAUGCGUCCACACUCGUCUCGCAGCACGCUUGAAUCACUACCAGCACAUCGGACCUUGUUUAUUGUUAAUCUACCAGUAGACACCAACAUAAUGCAUCUUCGUCGACUGUUUCGAAGAUGUGGUGUAAUCGAGAGAGUUGUGUGGAAAGGAUUACUCGGUUUGGAAGGCGAGAAUGAUGAUGUUGAUAGCAUUGUGGUAAAUGAAACUCUAGUGCGUCGUGUUCAUGGUUGGAUUCAUCCUACUGGAUCUCAUGCACAUGUUGUAUUCAAAGAUGAUGAGUCGAUCGAGCAUGUGCUUGCAAUGAAACCUCGCAAAAGGAUGUGGUCCGACGUGAUAGACGAAGAUGAUCAGCAAACCGAUGACAUCGAUCCCGAAGAAACACAGGCUGCAAAUCAGAUGGGUAUCAACAAAUGGAUAUUACAGCAUAUUGCCAUGUUUCCCAAAACUGAUCAUUUGCAAUCCCAAGUGGAUCAAGCCAUGUCCUUGUUUGACGACUCGGAGGAGCGAGCUAAACAGGAAUUGGAGAAAAAGCACAAUGCGCCUGACGAUGAUGGGUUUGUUCUCGUCACUCGAGGUCGUGGAAAAUACAAUACGAGCUCUGAUGGAAAAGGCGCCGUUGUAACGGUUGCUCAAGAAUCAGCAAAAACCCUCAAACCAAAAAAUCUUGGCCUAGUCGACUUUUACAGAUUCCAGAAACGAGAAGCAAAACGAAACGAACUUGCUGAAUUACGCCGUAAAUUUGAGGAAGACAAGUCCAAAAUCGAAGUCCUUAAAACUAAACGGCGUUUCAAGCCCUAUUAACUGUAAUAAAUUUUGGGUUUGAUGUUUCUA